AUGCCUGUCUUGAAAAGGAGAAGUGGAUCCAUCGGCCAAAGAAAGAAAUACCAUUCAAAAAGACAACGGAGUCACAGUGUGUCAGAUGUAUCGGUUGAACGCAGUGAUCAAAACUACAAUAUUGUUGACAGUUCUUCACCUCCAAGUCAGCAUUCUCCAGAUCUCAGCUAUUGCUCCAGUCCAGUCAUCUCUGAGGCCAAUGAUCAACAAGUUCAAAUACCUUCAGAUCACAUCUAUUGGUCCGGUCAGGUCACCUCUGGUAUUAAUGAUCAAGAACAAGAAACAUUGGUUGGUGAGAACAUGCCAGUUGCUUUCCCUGUUUCACAGAACUUGCCAGAAUCUCCUGACGAAAGUAAAGAAAAUGAAGACCCACUGGUACUACAUAAGGAUGAACUAAUUCCCCUGGUUUGUUCACCAUAUACCGUGACGUACCAUCUUCAUCAGCAUGCCAUAGAAAUUAUUGAAUUCAACAAACAUCAAGAACAAAGCUCCUCGGUAAAGCUGAGUGUUAUGAUUGGGAGAGACUUUCAAGUGAACAUUUAUGUGCACAGAACUUUAAUUCCAUAUUCUCAUGAAUUCUGGAUUGGACUUCCAAGACAAACCUCCACAGCAGCGGAUGUUUGCAGAGUACUGGAAAAACUUAAAAGUUAUGGCAUAUGUGUGGGAAAUCCUGAUGUUGAGUUCCAGGAUCUGACACCAACAGGAUGCGGAUUAUCACAUGCAACAACUGAAGAGAUUUCGGCAUUCAGAGAAGGGGAUUUUGGUGCCAUCCAGGGAAAUCUGACCUACAGUUCAACGAUACGAUCGUCCAAAUGUGAUUUUCUUGUUGAAGGAGCAAGGUGUGUGAAUUGUUCUGGGUACAGGCGGCUUCUCAGAGAAAGAAAGUAUCGGAAAGAAGAACAAAAGAAGAGAGAUGUCUCCAUUGGAAGCACAUACAAACAUUCUGACAUGACACGUGAUAUGCUCUACAAGAAACUAUCGCUCCAGAAAUCCCACAUGAAAUCAUUACAAACAGAAGUUGAUCGCCUUAAGAGGGAAAUGAACUCUUCCAUUGAGAAAGGUGUGAAACUGAACGACAUUCAAAAUCGGGAAAUGAAAGAUUUGAUGGGAAGCUGCCAGAAUGAACUGGAAGAAGAAUUUCCGGAUCAAGGGUGCUACCAAAGACUCUUCUGGGAACAGCAGAAGAAAUACGAGACACAUGGGAAACAUGGCACAAAUCCUCCAAAGCAUAUGAGGCACUUCGAGACUGGAUUUGUGCAGCUGCCAAGUAUGCGCACAUUAUACGAUUAUUCCCACUACAUUGAAAGCCACUUAGGAUUCCAGCCAGAUGUGGUUCGGAUGUUAAAAGAAGAGUGUAGCAAAAAAGACAUGUUUGCUGCUGAGCAUAGAAGUUUUGUGGGCUUGUUGUUUGAUGAAGUGAAAAUAAAAGAAGACCUUGUGUACGACAAACAUUCCGGGGAACUGGUUGGCUACGUAGAUUUGGGAAAUGUUGGAAACCAACUGUGUGAAUUAGAACGAGCCCUGAAGAAGAAAACCAGAUGCAGCUCGGAUGGUGUAGCAAAAUUUGUCCUUGUCCUCAUGGUCAGAGGGGUUACAAGUGAUUUGAAAUUCCCAUUAGCUGCCUUUUCAACAAUGGGAAUAACAGCAGACUUUUUGUAUCCUAUCAUUUGGAAGGCUAUUUCCAUUCUGGAAGUCAUCGUGAAAUUAAAGGUACUCUUUUGUACAUGUGAUGGUGCUUCAGCAAACAGACGUUUUUUUAAACUGCAUGCCAGAGAUGGAGAAAACUUCACCCACAAAACAGUCAAUCCACAUGACACUACAAGAGAGAUAUUCUUUAUUUCUGAUGUUCCGCAUCUAAUCAAAACUGUUCGGAACUGCUUCUGCAAUUCCUACUCACACACCAAGUCUAGGACCCUUUGGAAUGGUGGAAAAGAUAUAUCUUUGAUGCACAUUGUGAGACUUUACGAAGAACAUUGUGACCAAAAACUGUACACACCCUGUCCAAAGCUAACCCGUGGACACAUUGACUUGAAUGCUUUUAGCAGAAUGAAGGUCAGACUGGCUGCUCAAGUUUUAAGCGAAACGGUGGCCAAUUCUCUAGAGAUGUUUUUUGAUGACUCUGUAAGCGAGACAGUCACCUUUAUUCGUACAAUGAAUAAAUUUUUCGAUUGCCUGAAUGUACGCAGUCCCUAUGAAGGAAGAAACAAACGAAAUCCAAACCUGGAGGCUUACACAAGGUCUGAUGACAACAGACUGCACUGGUUGACCAUUGAUUUCCUACAGUACUUUGAGGAUUGGAAACAGGCUAUUGAGGAAAGGGGAGAAUUUACUGAUGCUCAAAAAGCCAGCAUGCAGCUAAGUCACCAGACUCUCCUUGGUCUGAGAAUUUCGGCACACUCUAUCACUGCCUGUGUCAAAUACAUGCUAGAGAAAGGAUCAGAGUAUAUUUUGACCAGUUUUUUCAACCAGGAUCCCUUGGAACAACAUUUCGGCCAUUAUAGGCACAAAGUGGGCAACAACAACAAUCCGACAGUGUACGAAGUAAGAAAUAUAUUGACUCAGAUUCGUACUGUGGGGGCACAAGCCCUUCCAUCAACACGAGGAAACUGUGGCAGAGAUGAAAACAGGCCCCCACAAGUAAUAGACAAUUCCGACAUUCCUAGGCGAAAACCAAAGAGACGUUGA